AUGACGGAGGCAGGCACAACAGUUGGUGAAAACGAGGACGAUUGGCAAAUGUUCGAUGACCUUUCAAUCGACGGAGACCUCGCUUCCGAGGAUGACGAGGUUUGCAUACAUCCUAAGCUCUUGGAACCUCAGAUCAACCUUGCGGAGACACCUUAUCACCAAGGCGCCAAACGCUCUCCGUGUUCACCACAGGAUAACCAAGAAAGAUGCCACUCGAUGACCUCCAAGUCUCUAUCGCCCACUUGCUUGAGAGAAGUGAUCGAUAAAGGGGGAAGUGCUAUGAAGGACAUCAGCGUGGCAGGCAUUUGCAUGCUAUCCACUGCGGCCAUAAUGCUUGGCCCCGAACCAAACAACAGAAAGUCCGCUCUGGCCUCGGCUGAACGAGAGCAGUGGGAGCAGGCCAUGCAGGAAGAGUAUAAUAGUCUGAUCGAAAAUCAGACUUGGACAGUAGUGAAACGACCAGCAGACCGAAAGGUACUGACUGGUCGGUGGGUCUUCAAACGAAAACUUGGCUCCGACGGGGAAGUCGCUCGACACAAGGCAAGAUUUGUCGUUCGCGGUUUCUCUCAGAUAUACGGCCUAGAUUUCGACGAAACCUACGCCUCCGUGGUGAAGUCGGCAUCCUACCGGAUACUCUUUGCACUCCAAGCGCGAUAUGGAUGGAAGUGCCACCAGAUGGACAUUAAGACAGCUUUCCUCAAUGGCAACCUAGAACAUGAGAUCUUUGUCGAACCACCGGAAGGUUACCCCGAAGCAAGAAAUCAAGUUCUGAAAUUAUGCAAGUCACUGUACGGACUAAAGCAGGCACCAAGACAGUGGUACUUCAAACUCAGGGCUUUCCUCGAAGAGAGUGGUUGGAGAGUCUCAAACUUCGACCCAUCGGUAUUCAUUCAGGACAAUGAUAACCUCAUCAUGGAAGUCUAUGUCGACGAUAUCAAUAUAUUUGGCAUAAAUGAGGAUCGAAUCAUAGCGAUGAAGCACCAACUGGCGGCGCGUUUCAACAUGACUGAUCUUGGUCUGUGUGCCUAUUACUUGGGGAUGCAUGUGCAUCAAGAAACGAAUGGCGAUGUCCAUUUGCAUCAAGGAUCGUACAUCCAACAGAUCCUCGAACGAAUGAUGGUCACCCUGAGUCCCUUGAUUUUCAGCGACGAUAUCAAUCCAAGGUCGGAGCACUCAAUUAUGCAAUGGUGGUCACGCGCCCAGAUAUUGCCGAAGCAGUGGGAGUCGUCUCCAGGUUCUGCGCAAAUCCGACUGAAGAACACAUGA